GCGCGGCGUCGGGGCGGGAGGCUCGAGGCCAGCCCGGGACCAGGGCUAGGCGCUGCAAGGCGGCGGCGCCGGCGGCAGAGGCGGCAGUGAGUGCCAGCGCUCCGACGCCCCCAGGCGGUGGGGCUGAGAGAGCCAGAGGAUGGCUCCGAGCGCUGACCCGGGCAUGGUCAGGAUGGCUUUGCUCCUGCUGCCACCCCUGUGGCUUCUGCCUCUCACUGGGGGAUCCCAGAGGGCUGAGCCCAUGUUCACUGCGGUCACCAACUCAGUUCUGCCCCCCGACUAUGACAGCAACCCCACCCAGCUCAACUACGGAGUGGCAGUGACGGAUGUGGACCACGAUGGGGACUUCGAGAUCGUCGUGGCAGGGUAAGUGCCUCCCACCCUGAGUCUGACAGAUGUAU